AUGGGGUCCAAGAAAGCGCGCGACCGCAAACGACAGACGAAAAUCGACUUCUCCCGAGCCACGCAAUCAUCACCUGCGACGAGAUCUUCGACCGCCACAACGAAGGCAAACACGCCGUCAAAGCCAGACUCCACGUCGUCGAGAUCAAAUAGGCUGACACCGACAGGAGGCGAGAGAGAGAGAGACUCAGAGACAUCUAGUGAGACGAUUGGCGCCGAGACGGACAAAGGUAUGCGCAUGGGCAAGCCUACCGGAAGUACAGCGCGCGGCAUGUUUGAUGGUUCAGACAACGAAUCGGCUGUCUCCAAGAGCUCAGAAGAGGAGGUAAAGGUGACCAAAGUGAAUGUGGUGCGGCAAUCACGAAAGAGACGUCGCGAGACACCGCCCGAUGAAUCUGAGGACGAGUACGCGGAGCCGACAGUCAAGGUUAUACCACGGAAUAAACACCGACGAAUUGUGGAGAUCGGAACAGACAGCGAGGACGAUGAGCCGAGGAAGAAGAGGGACAGUAAGCGGCGCAAGAUGAGGGAGACUACACCAGAAGAAACUGGGAUUCAGCCUGCAUCUCGGAAGUCUCGGCGGAGAUCUAUGAAAGCUCCUACACCCGAUGAGUCCUCUUCUUUACCUUCGUCUUCGUCUGAGAAUGAGACCGAGGAAGAGAGUGAUGAUGACACUGAGGAUGAUGAGGAUGAGCUACUUACACCAACCCGAAACUCAAAACGGAAGAUCCUCCGGCCACGAUCUCCAUCUCCUGAGGAAGAAUAUGAAGAAGAACAAAGUCCACCUCGAAGUACUCGACGCAGACUCAAGAGGCGAAGAUCUCCAUCUGAGGAUGAGGAUGAGGAUGACAGAGAUAACAGCCUGCAACCUACCAGACGCAGAAGCAAGAAAGUCUCUCCUUUGGAUGAGGAAGAUACGGGUGAUUUUGGCGAGGGUGAGGAUGAUCCAGAAUUAGUUGAACUAAGAGAAGAUCUUGCAUUCCUACGAUCUUCUCCAUUACCAGACCGCGGUAGACUGAGGAGUGUACACGACAAACCAAAAAACAAACGUCAGGAAGCUCUUGAGGCUUUAAAGAGGCGACGAGCUGGCACUAGUGAGGUAUCGUCAUCCGCAACGCCUGGUCGCCGCCGAGCAGUGGUUGUGGAAACCGAUUCAGAGUCCGAACUUGAGAUCAUCAAGGAAGAACCAGGUAGUGAUUUGGAAAUCUUGGAGCAAGACGAGGACGACGAUGAUGUACAAGAGCCAGAUCGGGACGCAAACGCACUUGACAUGUUCCUAGAGGAUCAAGACGACGAGCAAUUCAUCGACGACGAAGUCGACAACACCCUUGGGGAGCCCGCUGCAAACGAAGAUCUCGACGAAAUGCGCCUCGCCUUCAGCCUAUCACGCGCAAAGACAAAGGACCUCUUCAGAAACGCCGUCGAAUGGAUGGUAAUGAAGAAGCUCCACCCAGGCUUCGACGCAACAAAACACGUCUACACAUUAACGUUCCGCAAACUCGAUGACGAAGUCAAAGGCCUAGCAGGUUCGAAAUACACCUCCUCAGCCUGGACCGUAGACUUCACCCGCGCCCUACGCGCCCGCCCAGACUUUCUCCUCCACGACCUCAGCCCCGCUGAAAAAGCAAUAAUAUCCCCUCACUGCGAUGCCUGCAACCGCACCAACCACACUGCAAGCUUCGAGCUUAUGCUCACCGGUCAGCCCUACAACCCAGAGACGCUCGAGCCCGUCGCCUCAGACACGGAUUCUGAAAGCGACUCCUCUUCUGGCCUAUCCUCCGACUCUGAAACCGGUCUCAACGGCGAAAAGCAAGCGUAUAAUUUCGCGAAAGAACGUAUACCGCCAGAGACAUAUCGUUUCCCGCUCGGCUCUACGUGCAAGGCUAACGCGCAGGUGGCACAUACGCUGUAUCACUGGAAGUACCAUCUCUACCAGUGGGUCAAGGAUUACCUCAAAGCAGAGGGCCAUCUUACGGCAGAGAAGCUGGUCAAGCGGGAUGGGUGGAGUGAUCGGAAGAGGGAGAAGAAGGCGAGGAAGGUUGUGGAUUACAUGGAGGAGACGGGCCAGAUUCGGUCUCUGUAUAACAGUUAUAAGAAUCAGUUGCAGGCGGCGCUGGAGACGGAUAAUGAUUAUCGAAAUGGUUGGGGGAGGGGUCGGUAG